CCCUGCGGCGGGCGCCGGGCUGCUCCGUCCUUCCUCGGCUCCCGGGCUAGCGCGGCAGCGGGGCACGAUGAAGAAGCAGUUCAAUCGCAUGCGCCAGCUGGCCAACCAGACGGUGGGCAGGGCAGAAAAGACUGAAGUUCUGAGUGAAGACCUUCUGCAGGUGGAGAAACGGCUGGAACUAGUGAAGCAGGUGUCCCACAGCACGCACAAGAAACUCACUGCUUGUCUUCAGGGCCAGCAAGGGGCAGAAGCUGACAAGCGUUCCAAAAAAUUGCCUUUGACAACACUGGCUCAGUGUUUGAUGGAAGGGUCAGCUAUCCUGGGAGAUGACACGCUUCUCGGGAAGAUGCUGAAACUUUGUGGAGAGACGGAGGACAAGCUAGCCCAGGAGCUGAUUCAUUUUGAACUCCAAGUCGAGAGAGAUGUGAUUGAGCCCCUGUUUUUGCUGGCUGAGGUAGAAAUCCCAAAUAUUCAAAAACAGAGGAAACAUUUAGCAAAGUUGGUGCUGGACAUGGAUUCUUCACGAACAAGGUGGCAGCAGACUUCCAAGUCUUCGGGUUUGUCCAGCAGUUUACAGCCUGCGGGUGCCAAAGCCGACGCCCUCAGGGAGGAGAUGGAGGAGGCUGCCAACAGAGUGGAGAUUUGCAGGGACCAGCUUUCAGCUGACAUGUACAGUUUUGUGGCCAAAGAAAUUGACUAUGCAAACUACUUUCAAACGCUAAUAGAAGUACAAGCUGAAUAUCACAGGAAGUCAUUGACACUCUUGCAGGCUGUGUUGCCUCAGAUAAAAGCACAACAAGAGGCCUGGGUAGAGAAGCCUUCCUUUGGGAAACCCCUGGAGGAGCACCUCAUGAUCAGCGGCCGGGAGAUUGCCUUUCCCAUUGAGGCAUGUGUGACGAUGCUGCUUGAAUGUGGGAUGCAGGAGGAGGGACUCUUCCGAGUGGCCCCAUCUGCCUCCAAGCUGAAGAAGCUGAAAGCUGCGCUGGACUGCUGCGUGGUGGAUGUGCAGGAGUACUCAGCAGACCCCCAUGCCAUUGCAGGAGCUUUGAAGUCUUACCUCCGAGAGUUACCAGAACCUCUUAUGACCUUUGAACUUUAUGACGAGUGGAUUCAGGCUUCCAAUAUCCAGGAGCAAGACAAGAGGCUGCAGGCUUUGUGGAAUGCUUGUGAGAAAUUACCCAAGGCCAAUCACAACAACAUCCGAUACUUGAUCAAAUUUUUAUCCAAGCUGUCAGAAUAUCAAGAUGUAAACAAGAUGACUCCCAGCAACAUGGCAAUUGUGUUAGGACCCAACCUCCUAUGGCCCCAGGCAGAAGGGAACAUCACGGAGAUGAUGACCACAGUAUCUCUGCAGAUUGUUGGGAUCAUUGAACCCAUCAUCCAGCAUGCGGACUGGUUCUUCCCUGGGGACAUAGAGUUCAACAUCACAGGGAAUUAUGGGAGUCCAGUCCACGUGAAUCACAACGCCAACUACAGCUCAAUGCCCUCCCCAGACAUGGACCCCGCAGACCGGCGCCAACCCGAGCAGGCCCGCCGGCCCCUCAGCGUUGCCACGGAUAAUAUGAUGCUGGAGUUUUACAAAAAGGAUGGCAUGGGCGUGAGGGUCAUGGAUACAUCCUGGGUGGCUCGAAGAGGCUCCUCUGCCGGCCGAAAAGCGUCCUGCGCCCCACCCACCAUGCAGCCUCCCGCCCCGCCCGCCGAGCUUGCUGCGCCUCUGCCAUCGCCCCUUCUGGAGCAGCCCCCAGAUGGCCCCACAGUGCCCUCGCUUUCUCCAUCUAGCUUGGGCCCCCAGCCCGGGGCUGAGCGGACCAGCACUUCCAAAAGCAAGGAGCUUUCUCCAGGAUCUGCACAGAAAGGAAGUCCAGGCUCCAACCAGGGGGCACCCUGUGUGGGAACGCAGCCAGGGGCACAACCAGGCGCAGGCCCCAGCCAGCUACCUGCAGACCAGAGCCCUCACACCCUGCGGAAAGUUUCUAAGAAGUUGGCACCAAUUCCACCCAAGGUCCCCUUUGGCCAGCCGGGGACUAUGGCUGACCAGUCCGCCGGCCAGCCAUCCCCACUCAGCUUGUCCCCCACCCCACCUAGCACCCCUUCACCCUACGGACUUAGUUACCCUCAGGGGUACUCCUUGGCCUCAGGCCCGCUCUCCCCGGCUGCAGCUCCUCCCCUGGCCUCUCCUUCCGUCUUCACAAGCACUUUAACCAAAUCGAGGCCCACCCCUAAGCCCCGGCAGAGACCCAGUCUGCCACCACCUCAGCCUCCCACAGUAAACCUCCCAGCCUCUAGUCCACAGUCCACGGAGCACCCCGUGCUAGACGGCAUGUCCCCGGGGGAAAGCAUGUCUACAGAUCUUGUCCAGUUUGAUAUCCCCUCCAUCCACGUAGAGCUCGGGUCGACGCUCCGCCUGAGUCCCCUGGAGCACGUGCGGCGACACUCGGUGACUGAGAAGAGGGACUCAGAGGAAGAGUCUGAGAGCACCGCCCUCUGACAUGGCGCCCUGCCCCCGACACGCGUGUACAUACAUGAGCCCCAGACAGACACAUACCGCCAGAGCUCCCUGGGCUUGCCAAGUGUUCUCCGUUGGCUCCUUGCUGUCACUGCCAACUCGAGGUUGGAGUUUUGCAGAAAACUGCCCUCUCCAGCCCGUGUGGCAAAUGUCGGUGGUACAGAUUGUGUUUGUUCCCUUCAGGUGGUGACUUUGGCCUUUUUUUUUGAUCUUUGCCUUUUGACUUUGUGCCUAUUUUAAUCCACUUUCAACUUCCAUGCCAAGCAACACCCCUCUCUUGACCCAAGAGAGUGCCUGUGGGCAAUGUCCUUUGCAGGGUGGGGGUGUGGGGGAGUUGUCUAUUAGACCUGGGGGCUGCCUCUUGCACCCUGAGAGCUAACAUCAAGCCUGGCUAUGUCAGCUGUAGAAGUGUAAGGGGACCCUUACACUUCCUUCAGGAUGAACCCUGGAAUUCUAGGCAUCUUGGGGCACAGACUUUUGCCUGCUGGAGGGGAGGGCCAGCCACUAUGAAAGCCUAUAGGGCUGCCAUUAAUUGGUGGCAUCUAAAGUAAAUGGCCUGGAACAGAAAUUGUUUCUUAUGUCUGAUUUAAAAAAAAAUAAAUAUGAUUUUGAGGGUGUCUGGAGGAACCAAAGGUAGCUCCCCACAUCCCAAAACAUGAGCUAUCAGAUAUAAUUCUAUUCCUUCACAUUCCCAAGGCCACCCUGCUCAAUGGGGACUUGGGGUCCAGGAGCCUGCCUCUUCUUUCUGGAGGUCACAAGUGAAUAGCAAUAAUUCUGUUACCCAAAGCAUGCCGAGGACCGUGGAACCAGCCAGCAGAGCCUGCAGGCUGCGCGAAGGGCCCUGCAGUGCCACCAGCUUGGCUUCCUGCACAGGUACUCACCCUGUCUCAUGGAGUCCCACCCACUCUUGAGGAGGAGGGCCAGGAAGGCACUGGGGGGCUGGGUCACACUUGAGGAUUAAGGGAGCGAGAAACAGAUUCAGAUCAUGCAUGCACAGUCAAACUUCACAGUUUUAUCCUUUUAAAAUAGAUAUGAUAUACCUAAACAUUGCUAUAAUAUUUGUAUAUAUGAAAUCUCUCUAUAUUUGUUUAAUUUGAGCCAUUCAAUCUAAACCAAUGUACAGAUGUACAAUGAGAAACUUAAAUGCUCAGUUAUUUUUCCCAACACAGUGUAAAAUAACCCUUAACUGACAGCAGGAUUUGCAGAUUUUUGAUGUUAACAGCUUUGCUCAUUUCCUGGUAAAGGGUGGUUCAGUACCCAAUUUGUAACGGAGCCCGGGGAUGGAAAGUUACCUUUAAAUACAUGUACAAAUAGUUGUCAAAAGUAACGUUAUUAAAAUAGAUUUAUUAUCCCUGAGCGU